UUCCUUCCUCUCUCUCUUUCAAUCUUAUCGACAAGGCAGAGUUAGAGAGAUGGGUAGAACAAAGUCAUUCAAGCAAGAGAUUCCAUUCGCGAAAAGGGUAGAAGAAUCGCGGAAUGUGCUCGCAGAUUACCCUGAUCGGGUUCCGGUGAUUGUUGAAAAGUAUGCCAAGUGCAGCCUUCCUCAGAUGGAUAAGAGAAGAUAUCUUGUCCCUCGCGACAUGUCUGUUGGGCAAUUUAUGUACAAUUUGAGUAGUAGACUUCGUUUGGAACCUGGAAAAGCUCUUUUCGUGUUUGUAAAGAACACUUUGCCCGCAGUAGCUAGUAUGAUGAACUUUGUGUAUGAAUCCUACAAGGAAGAAGAUGGAUUUCUAUACAUGUGUUACAGCACCGAGAAGACCUUUGGUCAUGCUAGUUGAUUUCCAAACAUAUGAUCAGCAAUGAUUUCUACUGUGUACAUUGUUCUAAAAUAAAUUUCUGUAAACUCUAUCUCUUAGUAUAUCCAAUUUCUCAAUAAUUUUAAUAUUCAAAUUGUGCCUCGGAAGAGGAUUUGAAUCGAACUUCUUUCCUGUCCUUGUCCUUGUCCUUGCGAGAUCGAGCCCAUGUUCUUUCGGGUGAGU